AUGGUCUCGUAUGAAGUCAGUGCAUUUUACCACUCAGGUUUGUUUAUAUGUGAAGUAUUGUCAGGUAUGAUGGAUAGGUGCAGUGACCUGCAGGCUGUACCACAGAGUGAAUUGGAGCGAGUGCUUGGAAAGAAAAACGGUGAUCAGCUCUAUAAACUCUGCCGAGGUAUGGACGACGGCAAAAGCUUCAUAGCUAGUAGUAUUCGCAAGAGCGUAUCUUGUGACAUCAAUUACGGCAUUCGCUUUACAAAGAAGAGCGAAGUCGCCCAUUUUCUUCACGUCAUUGGUCAAGAACUGGAAAAGAAGCUGAAACAAGCAAGAAUGGUUACCAGUUCUGUCACUCUCAAACUUAUGAUACGAAGCGCUGAUGCACCUUUCGAAACCGAGAAGUAUCUAGGGCAUGGGAGGUGUGACACCCAGAAUAAAACAUCAACUUUGGAUCACCCGACCGGGUGUGCUCAGCGUCUUUCAGGGUCAUGCACGCCAUGGUUGUUCCUGAAACUUUUUACGAAGAUUUCACCCGUCAUUGAAGAUAUUCGCGGUAUAGAGAGUGCGUGUGGCGCCUUGGGCGUUGAUUUCGAUGUCGGAUAUUCUGUCACAUCUGAAGGCUUCCACGAGAUGUUUACGUUCAAAACGAAGAAAAAGCUCUGCAUUGAACCGUUGUGGCGGGACUUGUUCGAAGAGAAUUCCACUGUGCGAAUUGAAUGCUUACCAACGAAGAACUCUCGAUUGUUUCAAUGA